GGCUGGGUUUCUGUACAGCACUUUGAGAUAUCAGCUGAUGUACGAAGGGCUAUAUAAAUACAUUUGAAUUUAAAUUUAAUUUAAUUGAACUGAUGGACAACUGCACCCGGACACAGCCAGGACACACCAGGAGGUCAGGGAGUGUGUGUGCGUGUGUGUGUGCUGCAGCUGUCAGCCCCUGACGGGCCCCUGCUGGAAAACAAGCUGGAGGCCCUGGGGCAGAGCUGUAGGGCCAUGCACAGAAAGGUCCUGGACAGACAGCACAGGUAACCAUGGAGAUGAACACCAUGGAAACUAAGCAUAGUCGCAAUAGAAAUAGGACAGCUUGUUAGGAGUGAUUAGAUGGGCAUUUUGGGCCCCAAAAAUAGUUUACAUUGGAAAAGUUUAGAAAUUGGAUUAUGUUUAUAUGAGCAGGAUAAACUCGUCCAGAUAUCUAUCGAAAUGUAUGAAUAUUUGCUGCAUCAAUGUACUAAGUGGUAAUGAUAUCAGCAUGACAGAUCAGCAUACAAAUGUAAUAUAAAUGUUAGGAUUUGGCCUACACACGGCAGCUGUAGGGAAAUUGAGAUCUUAAUGUGUGUGUGUCUGCUUGUGCGGCUUGCGCCUGUUUGUGUGUGUGUGUGUGUGUGUGUGUGUGUGUGUGUGUGGGCUGACUGGAAGUGACCCUGCCCUAUUAGAGCUGGUGAGGCGUAGUGGAGACCUUUCUCUGUGGCUGGAGCAGGCUGAAUAUGCUGUGAGCUCUCUGCCUGUCACUGCCAGCAACCUCAAAGAACUUAAGACUAUGGCUGAAGAGAUGGACGCCCAGAAUGGCCCCCAGAUUCUGGCCAAUCAUAGAGUGAGUCAUCAGGAGAGAGACUAGCACUUGAGCAAACUCAGGACCAUCAAUCUCAACUGGAACAAGGUGAUUCAUGAGUUGUUAGAUAAAGUAGGGGAGGUGGAGGGGAACCUCCAGAGUCAUGGUCAGUUCCAGGACAAGAUUAACAGAAUGACCGACUGCAUCCAGGUCACACAUCAGACCCUCAGUGGGAGAGAGGUCAGCCCUACAGAGAGCCAGAAGUACAGAUGGCCAGUCUGAUGACUGAGGACCCUCACCACCACCCCCUGCAGUCCAGAGCUGGUGGCCCCCAUAGACCUGAACAAGACAGCCACAGAGCUGGCUGACUGGCUGCUGCUCAUCACCCAGAUGCUUAAGUCCAACAUCGUCACUGUAGGGGACACAGACGAGAUACGCACUACCAUGGGGUGCUUGCAUGUGACGGAGAGUGACCUGGAGCUGCGUCCUCCCCAGCUGGAGAACAUCGUCACUCUAGCCCAGAACAUCAAGAACAAGACCUCCAACUUGAAUACCUCCGUCACGGAGAAACUGGAGAAAGGGCAUAGCCAAUGGGACAACACUCAGCAAGGUGUGGAGGCGCAGCUCCAGCAGCUGGAUAACAUGAUUGGCCACAGCGAUCAGUGGGAGAAACAGAGACAGGAACUGAAUGCUCUGAUUGGGGCACCUGCACACCUGAACGAGGGGCACCUGCACAACCUUCACCUCUCCAGGGAACCCCUGACCAUACAGCUCAGUGACAACAAGGUGUUCUUGCAAGACCUUGGAAGAGGUCAGGGUACCAUGGCAACCUGUAACGAGUGGUCCAAUCAGCUCCUGCGAGAGUAUUCUGCUGACGACACAAGGAGGAUCAAAGAUGUCACAGAGAAAAACAACGUGGAGCCUGGAACAGCAUCAACAAGAAGUGGACGUACACAUGCAGACACACACACACACGUAUACACACACACUUGUCAAGUCUCACCUAAUGUCCUGAACCAACUUGAAUUCUUGACUCCGCUAUUUCAUUCAACAAUGGACCUCCAACCAAACCAAUGCUUGAUCAUUUGUCAUUCCAUCGAUCAUUGAUUGUCAUGUUGAUGUUGAUUGAUUGACAGAGCUAGUGUUGUGGGGUUGUGUGUGUGUUUUAAAAGUUGUAAGGUGACAGAAAAUAAAGGGAACUGGGAUGUAGCGGUAUAUGGUUUAAAUGAGGGGCUGAAACACAGAGGUUUCAUCUGUUCACAGAUUCAAUACUAUAGACCACUACAGAAAUGUGAUUUCAUUCAGCUACCAUUGAGUUGUGCUUUUUCAUUGGGUUUUUCUAGGUUAGUCUCUCUUGAAGGAGCAUUGAUGCUCUAAAAACAGACUGGUCAUACAUGUUCUCCUACGUGGGCUCUUUCUCCAUCUCUGUUUUCCACCAAUAGGAAGCCCACGUCGUUGUCGUUUCAAAUGGAGUUUUUUCUGGGAAUUGCUUUUUUUCUCCAUUUUACCCUCUUUCCCUUCUUAUCAUCUCUCCCCGUUCUCCUCCUUCCAGUGGUGUGAAGUAAAUGCUUUAAAGUACUACUUAAGUUAUUUUUUGGGGUAUCUGUAGUUUACUAUUUAUAUUUUGGAUAACUUUUACUUUUUACUCCAUACAUUUUCCAUGACACCCAAAAGUACUCGUUACAUUUUGAAUGCUAUGCAGGACAGAAAUGGUCCGAUUCACACACUUAUCAAGAGAACAUCCCUGGUCCUCUCUACUGCCACUGAUCUGGCAGACUCACUAAACAUAAACACUUUGUUUCUGAAAUGUCUGAGUGUUGGAGUGUCACCCUGGCUCUCCGUAAA